AUGGUCUUGGAUAUACCAACUCAAUGGAAUGUACAAAAUUUUUGUGAUGAACUUAAACAACGAUAUAAAACAAUAAUUAAAGGUGAACGUUUAUUUGUGAAAGGUGGAAGACUGAUAUCUAGAAUUCGUGUUGAUUUCUCAAGCAACAAAGAAUUAUCGGAAAUGUUGAAGAAUAAAAGAAUAUUACUUGAUGAUAAUAAUACAGCGUAUACCAUAGAACCAUAUGUUCCACCUACUCGAAUACUUCGCUGCUACAUCUGCCAACAAUAUGAUGAUCACGUUGUUGCGCAUUGUCCCAAUAAAGAUAAACCUAUAUGUUUUAAAUGCGGUCAAUAG